AGUACAGUGCAGGGCCCUGCAGCCUCGAGAGCUGACUUGGACUACACACCAAAGAGCAAAGAUUACUGGAGGGAGCAAGCGACAGCAUUCUAGCAGCGGACCUUUUGGGACAUUAUGUUGCCUUAGCCAGCUGGGCCUUUCCUAACCAUGUACGUGGGAUACCUUCUGGAUAAAGAAGUCGGCAUGUAUCACCAAGGACCUGUAAGACGUUCCGGCAUCAACAUGCCAGCUCAGAACUUUGUGUCAACUCCACAGUAUUCCGAGUAUACAGGAUAUCAUCAUGUGCCCAAUAUGGACAGUCACGCACAAUCUUCAGGGACUUGGGGCUCUCCAUAUGCAACGCCGAGGGAAGACUGGAAUGCCUAUGGUCUAGGACCUUCAAACGCGUUACCUACCCCCAUGAGUAGCUCAUCGCCCGCACAAGUGGCUUACUGCUCCCCUGAUUAUAACUCAAUGCACCCGGCAGGAUCCGGAGUCUUACCGCCACCCCCGGAAAAUGUUACAGUGGGACCACCGUCCCCUGACAGUGAACGACACCAUUCGUAUGACUGGAUGAGGAAAACUGUACAGUCAUCUUCAACCGGUAAAACAAGAACGAAAGAGAAAUACCGGGUGGUAUAUACGGAUCACCAGAGGCUCGAGCUCGAGAAAGAAUUCCACUACAACAGAUACAUCACAAUCAGAAGGAAAUCUGAACUGGCGUCGAACCUCGGGCUUUCAGAGAGACAGGUGAAAAUCUGGUUUCAAAAUCGCCGAGCCAAAGAGAGGAAGAUUAUUAAAAAGAAGAUGGGUCUUUCUGACGGCAGCGGGGGCUCCGUGCACAGUGACCCGGGGUCCGUGAGCCCUCUCCCGCUACCAGGCUCUCUCAGUCCCGGUAUCAACGCCCAUAUCUUCCCUCCACCCGGAAUGAACACUUUACCGCCAAUUGGGAAUUUACAGCAAGUUACAGUCACCCUGUAAACAACACCUGGACUUUGGAUAAGUAACGAUACGAGCACUCCAUUAUCUUCAAAGAAGGGCGGUUUUACUGAACAUCUUGAAUUUCUUUUUAUUUCCAAACAUGGGUUUGCUAUUUUUAAAAUCCAUACAAAAAAAAUUCUGGAUUCAGGAUACGAGGAUACGACGCAGAUUUUAUUGAAUUGCAAAUUGUUUGGAUGCUCUUCUAAAUAAUAUUGUUUUUGUUGUUAAUAUUAUAUUUAGUUUAGGGUUUAGAUGUGUUUGUGUCCGACACUCUUACUUAGAAAUUGAUUCCUCGUGGAUUGAUAAGCCUACAUCAUGCCUUUGCAUGAAUGAAUGGAGAAAGCAAAAAUCUUAUAAAUUGAACAGAUUGUUAUUGGAGAAUACACCGUGUUAGUGCAACCCUCUGGGCUACGGUUCCAGAAUGCUCACCCCUCAUGAAGACACGUUAUAACCACUGUGUGGAGCAGGAGAUUUUAUAUACAUUAGACAACGCGGAUACAAAGUCUGGACGCUUCAGUAUAAUGCGCCAUUGCAGGACAUUUCUACAAACACGACAACUCACCGGUUUAAGACCUUUCAUAAUUGUAUUAUUCUGUUAAAGAUGAAGUCACGCGUGUUGUUGUUUUGAAACAAACCGGUGUAAUUAUUUCUGUACUGAAGAUAUUAUUAACUAUGAAUU